CGACCCCCGGGCCGAUGGACUACUCCUACCUCAAUUCGUACGACUCGUGCGUGGCCGCCAUGGAGGCGUCCGCCUACGGCGACUUCGGCGCCUGCAGCCAGCCCGGCGGCUUCCAAUACAGCCCCCUGCGACCCGCCUUCCCCGCGGCUGGUCCGCCCUGCCCCGCGCUCGGCUCCUCCAACUGCGCGCUCGGCGCUCUACGCGACCACCAGCCAGCGCCUUACUCGGCAGUGCCCUACAAGUUCUUCCCGGAGCCGUCGGGCCUGCACGAGAAGCGCAAGCAGCGGCGCAUCCGCACCACGUUCACCAGCGCACAGCUCAAGGAGCUGGAGCGCGUCUUCGCAGAGACUCACUACCCCGACAUUUACACACGCGAGGAACUGGCGCUCAAGAUCGACCUCACUGAGGCUCGCGUGCAGGUCUGGUUCCAGAACCGCCGGGCCAAGUUCCGCAAACAGGAGCGUGCGGCCAGCGCCAAGGGUGCGGCGGGCGCGGCGGGAGCCAAAAAGGGCGAGGCGCGCUGCUCGUCCGAGGACGACGACUCCAAGGAGUCCACGUGCAGCCCCACGCCCGACAGCACCGCGUCGCUGCCGCCGCCGCCCGCCCCCGGCCUGGCCAGCCCGCGUCUGAGCCCCAGCCCGCUGCCUGCCGCCCUGGGCUCCGGGCCCGGCCCUGGCCCCGGGCCACAGCCGCUCAAGGGCCCAUUGUGGGCGGGCGUGGCGGGCGGCGGGGGCGGCGGGCCGGGCGCGGGCGCGGCGGAGCUGCUUAAAGCCUGGCAGCCGGCGGAACCCGGGCCCGGGCCCUUCUCCGGGGUUCUGUCCUCCUUCCACCGGAAGCCUGGCCCGGCCCUGAAGACCAAUCUCUUCUAGCCACCGGACUCUGGAGGCUCCGGGCCUGCCCCCAGAGACGCCCCUGCCCCUCCAGGACGUGACAGAGCCCCUCCCCAUUUGGGCGCCCGCCUGGAAGUGCCCAUCUGUCCCC